AUGAAAGCCCGCACCGGCUCGGCCAACCUGCAGCACACCUCCGUUUCCACGGCCAGCCGGCAAGCUGGCGCCAGGGGAAAACCCGACGGCGUCGACCGCACCGGCGUACCCCGCCAUGUGGCCAUAAUCAUGGACGGAAAUGGCCGCUGGGCGGAAAGCCAGGGUCUGCCCCGGCUCUCCGGUCACCGCGAGGGCGUCAGUGCCAUACCCAAAGUCGUUGACCUGCUGGCUGCCCGCGGCGUGGAAUACCUCACCAUCUUUGCCUUCUCCACCGAAAACUGGGCCCGCCCCUCUGCCGAGGUCGAAGGUCUCAUCGAAUUGCUGCACGAAACCCUGCAGCGCGAGACCGACCUCUUCAAGAAGAAGAAUGUCCGUGUCUUCCACAUCGGCAACGCCGACCGCCUCUCCCCGGCCGUUCGCCGCGCCGUAGAGCACAUCCAGGACGAGACCAGCGCCAAUACCGGUAUCGUCCUCAACGUGGCCUUCGACUACGGUGGCCGCCAGGAAAUCCUCACCGCCGUUCAGCAGUUGAUCCGCGAGGGCAUCGCCCCGGAAGAGUCCGCCUACAGCGAGUACUACCACACCCCCGUCCUCUGGCCCGACCUGGACGAGGCUGAACUGGACCGGGCCCUGGCCGCCUAUGGCAGCCGGCAGCGGCGAUUCGGCAACGUCGUUCCUGACUCCAAGGGUUAG